AUUUUAUCUCUCUUAGGGUUGCUAAUCAGAUCACAUUUUUGGUUGAUCAUGUGUCAGCAGUAGAAACUUCUGCACGCGCGCGCACACCUGCCACCCGCAGUGAAAUGCAAAAUGGCAGUAAACUCCAUGGCCGUUAUAGCACGCUACAUGAUGAAGAUGAUGAUACUGUUGCUGCUCGCCUCUACCGGCACCGUGGAUGCCGCUAAGCGGAGGCAGGCCCGCCCAGCACGGCGACAAAUUGAGCCUCGCACAGGUCCCACGGAUGAGCAGGUUUGGGACACCGGCCUGAUUGAGAAGGAGCUGUCGUACAUCAACUUACUAGAGAGGGGUCGUGAGCACUAUCAGGACACCGAGAGCAGGCGCUUCAAGAACUUUGUGCUGGGCUACGUGACCCCUUGGAACCGGGCCGGCUACACCAACGCCGUAACGUUCCGCCGCAAGCUGGACGCCGUGUCGCCUGUGUGGUUCCAAAUUAGGCAACAGGAGGGCCAGAAGGCGCCGGACAUCCUGGGCGCGCACGAGGUCAACCAAACCUGGAUCUCGGAACUCCGAAAAGGGCCCGGGGCUCCUCUAGUGGUCCCCAGGUUUAUCGUGGAGGCGGAGCCGCUGCAGCACGUAGAGAUGCUCCAGAACCCGACUGCCCUAUUGGAGGCCAUUGGCAAUACGGUUUCGGAGCACGGUUUUGACGGACUGGUUCUCGAGACCUGGUCCGCCUGGCACUCCUUCAACGGACUCGCGAAUGAGCGGUUCCGGGCAGCCGCGCUGUCGGUGUUGGAGGCCCUGGGGCAGAUGCUGCAAGCGCAGGGGGGCAAGAAGCUCUUCCUCGCGGUGCCGCCCAUGUACCCUGCCAAUGAGAAGAGCCCGUGGAUAGACACAGCCGACGUACAGCAGGUGCCGUACAGGGGCCGGAGAGUCGGGGAAACUAGGGAUAAGGUUGACUCAUGCGUGCGUGGGCGGGGGCCGCUGUCCAAGUUCGUUGAUGGCUUCAGUGUCAUGACGUACGACUUCAGUACGGUGCAGGGCCGCGCAGGGCCCAAUGCGCCCAUCGACUGGGUCAAGCUCAACGUGCAUUUGCCCGCCGGCCAGCUGCCGCGUUGCGUGCGACCCCUCCCCCCAUCUGCUCGUCCUGGCCGUAACUUCUCAACUUUCGACGGAGCCCUCCAGGAUCGAGAGGGUUUUCAGCACACGGUUUGGUACCCAACUCCCCGUGCAUUGGAGAUGAGACUGCAGGAAUACGUCGGCCGCAUCCUCAACGGCGCCAUAGUGCACACGGGCGCCAACACCGAGAUGGCCUUGACAACGCACCACACCCUGGAGCGACCACAAUUUCCCCCCGGCACCAUUCGCGGCUCCUGUUUCACGCAGCCGCAGUACGUCCCCACAGAAGACCCCGCGCUGGAUCACCGGGGCCUGGCCGCUGCGGCGGCCGGCAAAUCACUCCACACCCCAUCAUCUACUGGUCUGGAAGGCACAGACAAAUGCAGCGUCAUCAUGGAUACAGAGCUGCAUGCCGUAGCCCACGCGGUGUCACCGCUGCUGCCCGCGCUGCUGGAGGCCUGCCGGGCAUAUCACCUGCACAGUCCCGACGGCUGGAUUACCACGGCGGGCUUCAUGACUGCGGCAAAACGUGCCGGACUGGAGCUCAGUCGAGCCGAGUACCUCGCACUGGAGAGGGCGCUUCUAAAGGACGUGCGCGGCCGCAUUAACUACUUGCAGGUGGAGCAGCUCGUCACGGCGAUUAUGGCAGGGGAUAGCGCCGCGGCGGCAGCUGCGGCCGGAACCGCGGAAAGCUCUUCGACCUGUUCACCUUCGCACCCUUCCACCAUUACCAUUCACGCAAUCCAUGCAAAAAUAGCGUUUGAGACGCUGUAGCUAUAUACGGUAUAUAGGCUGUAAGGGUGCUAAAUCAAGCUCCUGGAAACCAACCGACCCACUCCGGCACCCACUACUAGACCCUACAAGACGAGAGACAAGGCGAGCAGCUGAUGCACAUGCGCGCACACACGCACACACACUCACACUCACAUACGCACGUGCGUGACACAGACACGCAGCAAUACAAAAAUAUGAGAGAGCAAAAAUACGCGCCUCCGAUCCGCAAACAACAAACAACAACAAUAA